AUGGCUCCACCAUUGAAGACUGGUAGUCGCAACAUCUCCUAUACAUUCCCGAAUCCGAAUCUGGAUUCUCUUGGGUGUUUAGCAAAGAAGAUCACGCCAGAUGAGUCGACCAAGUUCCGAGAGAAAUAUGGGUAUAUUCUGAGCCUUCUCAAAAUGCCAUUCACCAAGUAUGAGCAAGAGGGAGUUCAUACCCUGCUUCAGUUCUACAAUCCUUCUCUGCGCUGUUUCACGUUCCCCGACUAUCUCUUGGUUCCCACAUUGGAGGAGUAUUCUCUUUUCCUCGGUGUUCCGGUCAAAAAGGAAGAAGUCCCGUACUAUGGCACCAUGGAGGCCCCUACGUCCAUUGAAAUUUCUAAGGCUCUUUAUUUGAGCAAGUCGGUCGUGGAAGCAAAUCUCACCAAGAAAGGAGGAUGCUUUGGUUUUCGUAUGGAGUUUUUGGUUAAAAGGGGUUGCGAUGCUGCUGAAGCAAAAGAAUGGGACACAUUUAGGGCUAUCCUGGCCCUAAGUAUCUAUGGUAUCAUGAUGUUCUCAAACGUGCCUGACUUUGUUGAUAUGAAUGCCAUUCACGUAUUCAUUCUGCAGAAUCCGGUUCCUACACUUUUGGGAGACGUUUAUCACUCCAUCCAUCACAAGAAUAGUCAAAAGGGAGGUUUGGUUAGAUUCUGUGCCCCGUUGUUAUAUCGUUGGUUCAGGUCGCAUUUGCCUGAGCGUGGUGCUUUCAUUGAUAAUAGACACACAUCUAAGUGGGCUGAGAGGAUUAUGGGGCUGAGGGCUAAAGAAAUUGUCUGGUACAAUAGCGCUUUAGAUGACAUGGAAGUUAUUAUGAGUUGCGGAAAGUUCAAAAACGUACCUCUCAUGGGUCUUAGGGGCGGAAUCAACUAUAACCCCGUCCUAGCUAGAAGAACAUUUGGAUAUGCUUUUAUCAGUCCACCUGAGCAAACAGAGAUAGCUGAGAACAUUUUCUAUCAUGUGGCCACCAACAUUGGACAGAUGGCAGAAGCUGUGCAAGCCUGGAAAAGUAUUUGCUGGAGAGAUAAGAAGCAUUUUGGUUAG